GUUAGUGGGAACGUAGUAAUUAGUUGAGUAAGUAGAAACAAUUUUGAUGUUAAAUGUGUAACUUAAUGGAAUUGUGCGUGAUGAUUUAAACAUCUGUUAGGAUUUGCCUAUUUAACAGUGAAAUAAAUCCACCGGUACAUUAUAUGAAACUGUGAUAUGAGGAAGUAAAUUGUGAAAAUAAAAGCUUUGAAUUGGUAUAUUCCUUCUGAUAAGGUGUAUUUAAGGAAUUUGUAUACCGGUAAAUCUCAAAUACUUUUGUCAAUAUACUGAUAUUUGAUAUGAUUGUCUGUGGACAGAAACUUUGGAUAUUUAUAUACAAUAUAUUUCUGCAUGUUCAAGUAGAUUUCAAAGAGUUGUUCAGUGAAUAACAGACUGAAUAAUUGUGUCAUGACCAUGUAAAGGACAGCAGAAAACAUUGUCAGUUUGAGUGGGAAUAACUGAAAUAUGGCAGCAUGAUCUGGAUUAUGCUCCAGUGCAUUUUGAUAUGAGCUAAAACCCAAGUCCACUGACCUUUAAUCACGUAGAAGUUCUUCAUAUAUAAGCCCACCAGGAUGCCUGCGCGGAAGGGUGGCUGGUGUUGUCUUGGGGGUCGACCGCCGGACAUCAAGUACGAGAUUGAGACAGGCACCGCCAUGAAAACCCUGGCCCUUGACAUCCCCAUGCCUCAGGAUGAAAAUGAGUUGAACAAAAUGUUUGCUGAAUUAGUGGAGGAGCUGGACCUUGACAAGCCCCAUCGUGAGGCCCUGUUCAGUAUGGACCCGCAGAAGAAGUGGCAGCUCUACUGUAGCAAGAAACAGGGGAUGAACGAUACCAACAGUCCAGGUUUCUACAUUGAGAGGAUAAAUGCCAUGGCCAGUAUUAUCAGUUAUGAUGAGGAGGAGCUUCAACAAAGGGAGAAAACUGUGGAGAAUCUUAAAACAGCUCUGAGAACUCAGCCAGUGAGUUUUGUGGUGCGGUUUCUGGAACUUGAAGGCCUGGCCUGCCUGGAGAAGUUUCUCACCCUGAUGGACUACAGUGUGGCUGAGAGUAGUGUGCAUACCUCCAUCAUUGGCUGCUUCAAGGCCCUGAUGAACAGCUCGCAAGGGCGCAGUCAUGUGCUGGCACAUCCCAACAGCAUCAAUGUGAUAGCCCAGAGUCUGCAUGUAGAGAAUGUCAAGACGAAGAUAGCGGUGCUCGAGAUACUCGGGGCAAUGUGCGUUGUUCCAGGCGGGCAUCGCAAAGUACUGGAGGCCAUGUUACACUAUCAGAAGUACGCAUGUGAACGUGUGCGAUUCCAGCGUCUGAUCAACGACUUAGAUCGCAGCACGGGGGUGUACCGGGAGGAAGUGAAUCUGAAAACAGCCAUCAUGUCUUUCAUCAACGCUGUGAUCCGAUGUGGACCAGGAAAGGAUUAUUUAGAAUUUCGACUGCAUAUACGCUAUGAGUUCUUGAUGUUAGGAAUCCAGCCUGUCAUAGAGAAACUAAAACGCCAUGAUAACGCUACACUCACAAGACAUUUAGAUUACUUUGAAAUGACAAGAAAUGAAGAUGAAAAAGUACUGGCAAAAAAGUUUGAAGGUGCUCACAUAGAAACUAAAAGUGCCAGCAGCAUGUUUGAGCUGUUGCGCAAGAAGUUGUUCAUGUCGCCAGCCUAUGCCCAUCUGCUGUCUCUGCUGCAACACCUACUGCUCAUUCCAUACGCCAAUACUGAGUUCACGACUGGCAUGUGGUUGCUGAUAGACAAGAUCAUACAGCAGGUCGUGCUACAGAAGAACAACCAGGACUACGACUAUGAAACAUUAGAGAUCAAUGUGAAGAAAACCAUCCUUAUGCUUACAAAUGAAACAGACAUCAAGUCCUAUCAAGGAAAGCUCAGAGAUGUUGAAAAGGCCAAUGAAGACCUCCAAUCAAAGCUGACAAAGAAAGAACGUGAAGCGGAGGCUCGUAAUCAAGAGAAAGAGGAACUGUUGGACACUGUGAACAAGAUGAAGAGUAAGCUUGAGGAGAGUAAACAGCAGAUAGCUGAACUGGGGAAAUGUGUUGAAGAUCUUAAAUUGCAGCUAGAGGCAGAGAGGGGGGAGCGUGUGAAGCUGCAGCACCUGGUGAAUACGGGCAGUCUCCCGGACGAUGCCAAGAUGGGACUGUCCUCAAUGACGGUCCUUUCUGGGGGCUACCCUGCCAUGAUUACACCUUCCCCACCCUCAGGGAAAAUUCCCCCACCCCCUCCCCCACCUGGCAUGGGUCCACCACCCGCACCAGGAUUUGACACUACUGAUGGUGCUUUAGGUGCCCCUCCCCCGCCUGCUCCCCCACCGGGUAUGUUCGGACUCCCAGGCAGCGCUCAGCGUAAAAACGUGCCCAAGUCAAAACAGCCGCUGAAAUCCUUCAACUGGACCAAGCUCGAUGAUAAUCGUAUCAAGGGUUCCAUAUGGACUGAUAUAGAUGACACAAGUCUCUACCCACUGCUCGAUCUUGAGGACUUUGAGAGGACAUUCUCAGCCUACCAGAAGAAGCAGGACGAAACAGACGAUGCCAAGACACCCGGGAAAUCCCCGCCGAAGAACAAGGAGCUCUCAGUGAUUGACGGCAGACGAGCACAGAACUGCACCAUCCUCCUGUCUAAACUCAAGAUCAGUAACCAGGAAAUCAAGUCUGCCGUUCUGAGUAUGGAUGAACAUGAAGACAUUCCUAAGGACAUGCUUGAACAGUUGUUGAAGUUUGUACCUACAUCAGAAGAGAUGCAAACGAUGGGAGAGCUAGGAGGGGAGGUCGAGAACCUGGCAAGGGCAGACAAGUUCCUCUAUGAGAUGGGCAUGGUGAGCCACUAUGAACAGAGGGUACAAGCUCUGUACUUCAAAAAGAAGUACCCCGACAGAAUGGCCGAUGUGAAACCAAGAAUUGAAGCUGUGUUGGAAGGCUCCAAACAACUUACAAAAAGCCGUCGACUAAAGAAACUUCUAGAAAUUGUGCUUGCCAUGGGAAACUACAUGAAUAGGGGCCAGCGGGGAAAUGCUAGGGGCUUCACAAUCUCAUCCCUAACCAAUCUGGUGGAUACGAAAUCUAGCAUCAACAAACAUGUCACCUUGUUACAUUAUUUAGUGGACGUGGUAGAAAAACGAUUCCCAGAUGUCUUGAAGAUUGGAACCGAUCUCAGUUUUGUAGGGACUGCUUGCAAAGUAAAUUUCUCAGAGCUUGACAAAGAGUUAGGAACGAUACGGACGGGGUUGAAGGACAUUGAGAAGGAGUUGAGCUACUUUGAGGAGCGAGGGUCCACGACCCCAGGGGACAGGUUCCUCUCGGUAAUGAAACAAUUUAUCACCGUGGCAACAUACAGCUUCUCUGAAGUGGAGGAAAACUACGUAGAAAUGAAACAGAAGUUUGAAACCUGUCAGAAGUGUUUUGGUAUUGCCGAGUCUGGCCAACCAGAUGAGUUCUUUGGUGUGUUUGACGCCUUCCUCGUGGCUAUGAAUGACGCUCGAGUAGAGAAUGAGAAAAUACGCAAAAUGAAGGAGGAGGAAGAGAAACGAGCACAUCUUGAAGAGAAGCUGAAGAAAGAGCGUGAACUGAGGUUGACAAAGAAGGCAGGCACUAUGAACGGGCAAGUGAACGGAAGCGAUAAAGAGCCAAGGGAGAAGGAAAAGACACUUAAAAGUGAGUUUGACGACCUUGUCUCGGCUUUGAGAACUGGCGACAUAUUUGGAGAAGAAAUGGCCAAAAUGAAGAGAAACAAGAAGCGAAUCUCCGCACAAGUGAAUACGUCUAGGGAACGAGUGAAUUGAGGAAUUGGCAGGAUAUCCGUAAGUCAAAACACUGCCAAGUGAGUUGAGAGACUGCUUGCCAGGACAACACAUUGACGAUGAGUGAAUUGAACACUGUCUUGGAUUGCUUUCCAGGAUUUCCACAACUCAACAAAUAGAAAUGAGUGAAUUGAACAAGGUAUUGGAAGGAUUUCUGAAAUUCAACACAUUGACGAUGAGUGAAUUGAACAAUGUCUUGGAUUGCUUUCCAGGAUUUCCACAGUCAACAAAUAGACAAUGAGUGAAUUGAACAAGGUCUUGGAAGAAUUUCUUAAAUUUAACACAUUGACGAUGAGUGCAUUGAACAAUGUCUUGGAUUGCUUGCUAGGAUUUCCCCAAGUUAACACAUUCACAGUGAGUGACUUGAACAAGGUCUUGGAAGGAUUUCUGAAAGUCAAUACCUCUUGAGUAUUAGUCUAUUGAAGGAUUUUCUGUGCAAUGGUAGUGUGUAGUUCAUGCAAAAUUGAAACAAUGUUAGUGUUUACAAUCCUGUUUUCAUAUUAUGUUACUGGAUGUGUCAGGAAUUCUUUGGGAGGAAGUACUUGCAAUAAAAUUGUAUUAUCAUGAUCAAAAUGUGGUGUACUCUUGACACAAAGAAAUAUUUUGAGGGGGUGGGAAUAUGUCAAUUAAGCCAAUGCCAACGUCUAUAAUUAAACAAACAAUGUUGAACUUGUUUGUGACAUUUAAAAUGCUGUUUGGCCUGUUUUGAAUUUUAGACAAAUGUAAAACAAAUACAUUAAUGAUUUUCUGCAAUUUGAAUAGAUUUUAGAGUGUAGGUUUUGGAAGGAAGAAGGAAGAACAGUAAUAGAACAUGAAAGGAAAUAUUAAAGACAACUGGCAUAAUGUUAAAUAAUAAUUUUCCUGUCUGCAAAUUUAGCAAGGGUAACAACAUGGGUAAGAACAUGAAUACGAGGUUUUGAAAUUUCUAUUGUUUUAGACCUUCUAUGGCUGAAUGAAUCAUGUCAUUAUAUAAGUUGCAAGUUAUUGUUAUCAAAUUGAGUGCCAAAAAGACAUAUUUCAGGUGUAGAACGUCUUGUUGUCUACCUUGUGUUGCUGCUUCAUUCAAAUCCAUUAGAGAAUAAUUGAGACUUGUCCUGCAAAAUUGGGACUUAAUGCAGGUGUGUAAGGUCACACCAGAUUAGCCUGUGCAGUCUACACAGGCCAAGAGGACAACACUUUCCACCUAAACUAGAUUUGCUCUAAGAUAAGGCUUCCUUUAAAGGAAAAAUACCAUACAGUGGAAAGUGUUGCCCUGAUAAGCCUAUGUGGACUUCACAGGCAUAUCUGAGACAACACUUGAAUUAUUCCCUGUUUUAAAAAAGUGGGACUCAAUUUUAAACAAUGUGUACAAAACUGUGGUACCUGCUGAACAUGUUUAUUUCAGAUAUUACAGUUUCAGACUCAAAAUUUACAAAGUAGAAAUUGAUGAGCAUAUUUUUUUUAGUGAUUGGAUAAUGUUUAACAAAUGUCAUUUGUUUAUGGUUGAUACUGAAAUUAUAGGACAUAAAUACAAUGAUAUUGGUUAAUGUGUAUGCUGUUUUAACAGCAUUUUGAAACAAAUAAGAGCAUGGACCUUGUCCAAUAAAUUUAAAGUGUUGACCAAUAGAGAUUAAUGAGUUUUUUGUAAAUAAACAAUUAUUGAACUCAUUUACCUAAUUAUUAAUGAUGUUAAUUCUAAAUUACUUAUAUAUAGGCUAUACCAUUAGAACAUGUUGAAAGAGUGUGUAAUUUAAUUACAGUAUGCAUAUAAUGAGUACAUUUUUUUACAGAUUCCAUGAGAUUAUUGUUAUCAAAGGUUGUUGUUUGUUUUGUUGCUGUUUAUUCCUGUUUCUCCCAUGCUUUAGGGAAGACUUCAUAGUUAAUGUUUUUCUUUGUGUUUUUGUCCCCUAAUGGUGAAACGGGAGGGGACUUGUGGUUUGCGCUCCGUCUGUCUGUCUGUCAGUCUGUCACACUUUUCUGGAUCCUGUGAUAACUUUAAAAGUUCUUCAUAUUUUUUCAUAAAAAUUGAAACAUGGAUAGAUGGCAAUAUGGACAUUAUGCACGACAUUUCAUUUUGUUCCUACAUCAAGAAUUCUGGUUGCUAUGGCAACAAAUAUAUUUAAAAAAAAUAAAGAUUUUUUUACUGACAAUGGUGGAGUUUCACCGAUAGGGGACAAUAUUGCUCGGCAAUCUCUUGUUUUUUCUAUUAAAAGUAAUUUAUUCUUAGGAGUGCUGCAAAUGUUUGAAGUGUUCAAAAUAUAGCUGUGAGAAUGCAGUACUAUAUUAAUGUAUAUGAUAUAUUUAUAAGCACAUUAUAAGGCAUGUCAUGUUUAGAUAAUUUUAGCACAUUUUUGUCAAUCAAGCUUUUAGCAAUCUGCAUGUGCAAUGAAAAUAUGUCAACUUUAAAAACGUUGGUCCAUUCCAAAAAAACAACAGAUUGUGGUUCUCAAAUUAAACUUAAAUAUGUGAACAUUCCUGGCUUUUGUGUAAUGUGCAAAUUAAUUUAAAAUUCACAUGGAUAAUGUUUAUUAAUUGCAUACAAUGGAAAUACAUGUAUAUGAUAAUUUAAUCAUCAUGUCAUAGUAAAAAUCAUACAUGGUUUGAAAUUAUUGUUUACUAGAAAAUUCAUGCACAUUUUUUUGGAACUGCAAUCUUAAAAGGUUGAAUCUAUACUCAUUUUUUUGACUUACAUUUUUUUUUAAAAUAAAACUUUCAAACAAUAUGUCUUAGUUAUGUUUAUGAAUGAUUCUUUAUAAUUUCAAGCUCUGUCCAAUAUUUGUGCAUGAAUCGGAAAAUUGUUUUCCAUCUUAGCAAAAUUUUCUCCCCAAUUCACCCAUUAUGUUAUUCAUUAUUGUUGUCUUUUCAUUGUUUUGUAUAUAAAAUGUGGUUGAUGCAAACAAUUGUGCAUGGACAAGUUAAGUAAUAUUGAUCAGAUAUUGUAUUUGUUUUGUUGAUUGUUUUGUUGUUUAUAUUGUUUUAAAUUUCCAUGUGCAAUAUGUACAUCUAGAAUGGGUUAUAUUAUUGAAACAGACCAACAAACUCUUGUCUUUGUGUGAUUGUAUAUUAUUUAUUAUGUCUAUAUAUCAUGACUUCAUUAGCAACAUAAUUAUGUAUUAUAAUUGCUGAUCCUCGUAGUAAAAACAGAUAUAUAUUGUAAAGGAAAAGCAGUAAAUAUUAAUAUAUGCCAUUUAUAUGUUUUACUUGAGUGUAUAAAAUCACUAUUUUAUAAAUUUUUGUAUAUCAUACAAUAAAAGCAUGUGUUUAAUUUGACUUUUGUAAUUUUUCAUGAAGUUUAAUAAGUUUUGUUGUAACAAUGGUUGAAAUAUACAUGUUUGUUUUUGUUGUUGAGUGUAUACCUAGUUUAAAUAAUUGGGACAUAAUAUUAUUAUAUAUACUAAUUGUUCCGAUAGAAAGAUUUUUUUAUUGCCGACAUUUACUUAAAUUUAGAAAUUUCAUUCAGAAUGCUUAAUUUUAUAAACAGGCUCUUACUUUAAUAAAAUAUUGAAAUACAAUAUGUAUCCGGAAAGAGAAAAGCACAAAUGUUACAACCUUCUUAAUUGUAUGAUUAUACAAUUUUUACAAUUUAUUUUUUAAUUAUGUUUAUAAAUAUUUUAAGUACCCUUAAAUCACAUUCAAGUGUUAAUAGUAUGUAGUUUCUUAUGUAUGUGUGAUAUUUUAGUAUUUAAAAUGAUUGUAAUAAGCAUUAACAAUAUGAAAAAAAUGACACAAACAAUAUUUUAAAAGUGCAUGUAAAACAAUCUAAACUGAUCAUCUCUCUUUAAAUAAUUUCUUGCGCGAAUAUAUCCCGUUUUCCUAGCUUGUUUUGAAUUAUUGCAAUGUUUUUUUAAAUGAUAAAUAUCAAAUAUAUUUUCUCAACAGCCUUGUGUGUCUGUUAAUAAGUAUCUAUAUAUCACCUGAUAAUUACUACAUUGUCAUCUAUAUAGCAUUUUGUACGUUCAAGGGAAGCUAUCGUUAUAGAUAGUACUCUGUCUGAAAUUAUGUAUAACCUAUUUUAGCCUGUAACAUUUAACUUUUCAGUCUGAGUGCAUGUAAUUGCACCAACCAAUUCUAUGUAACAUGUUUUGACUUAUAAUGUUUUCAUGUAUAUAGAAUAAUAAUAUUAACAUUGGCAUUAACUUCAUUUUGUAAUUGGCAUAAAUAGUAUUAAUUAUUUACUUAUAUAAAUAUGAAAAUCAAAUUCCUUUUUUUCAAAUAUUUAAGAGACAGUUGUUUGUCAAUAAACUAGUUGUCUGCUUACUACCUACACUCAUUGUAAAAUUAUGUAAAACAUUGUCUUUUUAAGACUUGACAUGAACUAUUUUGACGUCCCUCUUUUUCCGAUUCUGAACAUUCCAUGCUAUAUAAUAUUUUGUAGACUUUUCACUGUUUUCCGAUCUGUCUAUGUAAAUAUACGAUUGAGCCAAUAAUUGCAUGUACUUGGCAUCUUUAUGUCUAAAUUUACAAUAAUUUUCCGUUUCAUUUGGUGUAGUGUUUUCUAUUAUGUGAUGUUUGAAGUAUUGCUCGGGUAUCAACUGACCCUCAUGUUAUAUAACUAAGUUUCAGCAAACAUGUCUUAAUGUGGCAUAACAUAAUGUCAAUUAUUACUUUACUUCCAUUUGUCUAAAAACUAACAUCAUGUCACUUACGUAUGUCAUGUGUCAUGCCUACAUUUAAUGGUAAGACUGUCUAAAAACCACACUUACUUUUUAUUCAAUCAUGCUUAUCAUUUGUACUUCCAUGUUAUAUUUAAUAAUCAACUAUGCAUUGAAUGUAUAAUAAUAAAUAAUUAUUUAACAUAGAUAAUAUAUCCUGAUCAUGUAUCUCAGUACUGGCAAGAAUGUAAACAUCUUCAACACAGAUUGUCCUAUUCAGUUCAUAAUCUUUUUACAACUAAUAUAUUGGAGCCUCACUCUGGGAAAACGGGGUUUAAUGCAUGUGCGGUAAGUGUCAUCCCAGAUUAGCCUGUGCAAUCCGCACAGGCUAAUCAGGGACGACACUUUCCUCUUGUAUGACAUUUUUCAUUUAUCCAAUUUAGGCAGAAAGUGUUGUCCCUGAUUUGCCUGUGUGGACUGCACAGGCUAAUCUGGGUUGACACUUUAUGCACAUGCAUUAUGCCCAGUUUUCUCAGAACGCGACUCAUAUAAUGGAGCCUCACUCUGCAAAAACCGGGUUUAAUGCAUGCUGUACAGUCAACACAGGCUGAUCAGGGAUUACACUUUUUCCUUUACUAGAUUUUCUUUAAGAUACUUCCUUAAAAGAAAAAUACUAUAAAAGUGGAAAGUGAGCAGAAAGUGUCAUCCCUGUUUGGCCUGUGAUAUUGCACAGGCUAAUUUUGGACAUUUACCCAUAUCCAUUAAGCCCCUUUUUCCCAGAGCUUGGCUUAUAUAUUUGCUACAAAUGCUUCCUAGAUGGUUUGUUCGACUGAACUGGUAGAAUAUUUUACAAUAUAAACAUUGUACCUAAUUGUGAAGUUAAGCUACUAUUUUACAUGAACAUGUUAAUCUUUUUCCAGCAAUUAGAAUUAGGUGUGUUUUUUUGUUUCGUUUUCGGAAAAAACGCUUGUUGUAUGUAAAUAACAAAGUAUUUGAUGUUUCAAUGGAUCGGAAAUAGUUGCCAAGUUAUGUUGCCUCAAAUUAGGUUAACUUAUUUUAGUUUUACUCAUUGUGUCUUUGUAUAGUCACUACCUGUGCUAUUUAUUCUGUCAGAAAAUUCCUAGCUUAUGAUGUGUUUUCUUACAUAGAAAAUUAUAUGUAUAUACAACUUUGUAAUGUCAAUAGAAUGUCUGUAUAUUGUCAUUUUAGCACAUGCUAUUUAUAAAUUAAUAAAUGCAUAUGCAAUUUUA